UCUACCUGUCCUUGUCACUCCACUAGUCAGCCGCUGCCCGCUGCCGACGUUAGGAUGGCAGCGCCUCACGGUGGCCCGCUCUAAAAAGCAACCCGGCGUUUGAGCACAUUUUCUUGGUGGGCUUUAAAAAGAUAUAGUGGAGACCCUCGCUACCCGGAGUGGGAUUUAUAAGACUUGGUUUUUUUUGCCUUUUUUUUUUUUUGCCUUUUUUUUCUGGAGCGACUGAUGAACUCUAUGAGGGAUCCUUUAAAUUUGGACCACCACCCGCACCACACAUUUACCGGGACUAAACUCGCCUCUGCCAUGGCGACCGGUUUGCAGCCGCUGGUUCGAGCCGUGGACGGCGGCAAGCACCGUAUCGACGCGCAUACGGUGUCGGACACGUCCAGCCCUGAAGCUGUGGAGAAAGAGAAAAGCCAGAGCAAGAACGACGACUCAUCGGACGACCCGUCGAAGAAGAAGAGACAGCGGCGUCAGAGGACUCACUUCACCAGCCAGCAGCUGCAGGAGCUGGAAGCCACCUUCCAGCGUAACCGAUACCCGGACAUGAGCACCCGUGAGGAGAUAGCCGUGUGGACAAACCUGACUGAGGCCAGGGUUCGGGUCUGGUUCAAGAACCGACGCGCAAAGUGGAGAAAGCGGGAGCGAAACCAGCAGGCCGAGCUGUGCAAGAACGGCUUCGGCCCGCAGUUCAAUGGACUCAUGCAGCCCUACGACGACAUGUACCCGGGCUACACGUACAACAACUGGGCCGCCAAGGGCUUGACGUCAGCCUCGCUGUCCACCAAGAGCUUCCCCUUCUUCAACUCCAUGAACGUCAACCCGCUGUCGUCGCAGGCCAUGUUCUCGCCGCCCAACUCCAUCUCGUCCAUGACGUCCGGCAUGGUGCCGUCGGCCGUGGCGGGCUCCAGCCUCAACGGUCUCAACAACCUGAACAACCUCAGCGGGCCGUCGCUUAAUUCGGCCGUGGCGGCGCCGGCCUGCCCCUACGCGCCACCUACACCGCCCUAUGUCUACAGGGACACUUGCAACUCCAGCCUGGCCAGCCUGAGACUGAAAGCCAAGCAGCAUUCGAGCUUCGGCUACGCCGGCGUGCAGAGCCCCGCCACGAACCUGAGCGCUUGCCAGUACGCCGUGGACAGGCCGGUGUGAGACGCGCGCACUCCACUAAAACAGGCCCACCCCCACCCCGACGCACACGCCCACCCUCGAGAAAAAAAAAAAAAAAAAAAAUCACCACUUUGAGCAUCGAUUUUCCCAAAGGGGAUGUACAGUAUAAUGCAAAAAUGCCAUUCGUGGUCGCUUUUCAUCCACAGACGCAACAGACUACUAUUAUUAUUGUAUUCUGAUUUUUUUUCUCUCCCAGAAAGGGCACUAAAACAGAACCACUGAAAAUGUUUUUUGUUUUUUGUUUAAGUAUUACUCCCCAAUUUGUUGUCUGAAAAGUUGUGUAUAUAUCCAAACAUCUCCAAAGCUGGGAUUCCAUUUAUUAACGCAUGCGUCGUAGGGUAACGUUUUGCUUGCAAACAGUUUAAAAAAAAAGUGGGGAAUGUAAAUAUUAAAACGCACCAGCAGUGGUGUGUUUCUAACAUAAUAUAAUAAUAAUUAUUAUCAUUAUUAAUGUCUGUGUGAAAAUUGAUUUUAGACUAGCAAUCCUAGAGAAAGAAGAAAUGACGCAUUCAAAUGUUUCUGUAAAAUAUUUGGUACGGACCCUCCCACCCCACCACAACAACAUCCCCACAAAAAAAAUGUGUUUUAUUUAAUGGAAGUAAAUAUAUUGUUCAAAGCCA